AUGUCUCGGAGAUGUCUCGUUCAGGUAUGCAUAGGUACCCACCUUUCCGAUUCCAUUCUCAUGUCUGUCUCCUUCCUUUGUUUAAACACUACUACGACUAUUACUACACAUGUAGAAGAGAAGAGCCAGUUGGGUUGUGCAGCUGAUGAUGAUGAUAGUUCAAAUUUUAAAACAAGAUACACUACUCAUUGUGACAAAGAAACCAUUCCACAUAAUAAUAAUAAUAAUAAUUAUAAUAAUAAUAAUAAUUAUAAUAUCACCAAAGUAAUUGGGGGAUGGUCAGGUAUGGAGCUAUCAAAUCUAUCAUCAGUCACUUCAUUAGAUCUUUUUAGACCCAUCAUUGGUCCAUUGUCAACCAAUUUUUUCCCACCAAAUCUUCAACACUUGAGCCUCUACUUUAAAUCAAAAGAAUUGAUUACCAAAGGAUUCUUCCCCGACUCUCUAAAGACACUGAAAAUUUCAAUACCAAAUGGAGAGUUUGACAAGAAUUCACUACCAAUAGGUCUUGAAAAGCUAGAAGUUAGUUCAUACCUGGAGUACAUUAAAAUAGAUCCAAAAUUCAUUGGAUUGGAUAAACUCACCUCUCUUAAAUGGCUAAACAUUGUAUCAAAUAUUUUCAAUGAAAAAGUUGUUUCUAAAUAA